AUGGCUUUUAAGUACAGAAGUAUUAUUUUUAUAAUCCGAUUGGCAAAACUGUCCCGCGAUGGGAACCCCUCAUGGCUCGUCCGCAUCGAAAACCAGAUUCCCAACGGCAAUCCAGUGCCAGAUUCCACAUGGAUACCUGGGAUAAUACCACAAGACGCUCCCGCAAAGUCCGCAGCAGAAGCUGAAGCAGCGCUAUGGCCACCACCCAACACACCCAGCUGGUCCUGGUUCUCUAUCCCCAUGUACAGAUAUUACCAGGUCUCCUUCCUCCUAGCCGACGACUCGCUCUUCGUCCGCUCCAAAGCACUCAACUCACCACAUCUUGUCGUGUGGCACGACAUCUUCUGGGCCAAACCACGGGGAUUCCAGUUCCCCGGCCACGCCGCACGCCACGCCCCAGACACCGCAGCCCACGAGUUCUCGAGUACGCAGAUAAUACUCGAGACGAGCGUCUUACCAGUCAAAUCCAAUUGGCCGGCUGAUUUGGCAGUGCAGAUGCAAGACAUCGCAAGUAGCAGUACAGUACCUGCUGACUGCCAUUUCCGCUGGGAUCCAGAGCUGGAAUACUACCCUGAUGACCCUGCUGGUCGGGCUUCCCCACCUCGCAACGCAAUCUAUGCAUUACUAUCUGAAGUCCAGGUUGUGCGGACUGCGGGAACGAAGAAUAUCCAGCGGCGGCUUGCGGGGUUGAUGCUUGUUCCUGCUGGGUUGAACAAGGGAACGUGGAAGAGGGUCGGGGUGUGGAAAUUACGGAUUAAUGUCAAAGAUGUGGCAGUUGAUGCGGGGAAUAUUGGGGGUGUUGCGGAGAGGUGGAGGGGGAAGAAGGUGGUUUCUGGGAAGUGGGAGCGGGUGGUUGUUACGAUUGUGUGA